AAUUUCCGCACAACAAUCGAGCUUUUGUGUUGGACAACGAGGCCGCAUUAUGAACAAUGCUGCUAUUCACUCCAGCUGACAAUUGGAAAGCAAGACCCUUUAUUUGCCUGUCCGCGGCCUUCCUUCAUCUAGCCAUCUGCCGCCGUCCAUGAGCAUUAUUGGUGACCGAUCCAAUAUUAUUGCUGAUCGGACGAUCAACGAGCUGCGCGGCAAUGUCAGUCAUUUGCAGAAGGAUAUCGAGUCCAGGGCUGCCACCAUCCAGCAUCUUCAGCAGGCAUUGAAGGCGAAGUCGCAAACCAUUGAAAUUCUGCAGAGGAAUGCUAAGGCCCCUGGAAGCGACAACCAGAGUCUCGAAGCGUACAUUCAGCAGGUCGUGGAGGAGAAAUGUCGGAGCCAGCUUGCUGCAAAGGACGAGGAGGUGAACUGUCUUAUGGAGCUACUCCACGAAAAGGAAGACCAGUUGGCGCAGGCACCGGCAGUGCCGGCACCGGCAGUGCCGGUGGUUUCAGCGUCUGAGCAGGCGGAAUUGGAGGAGCUGCAGGCGGAGCUGGCCAGGCUGCGGAACGAGGCUGACGCGGACUCGGACGACUACGGCACUGACGACCUGGGUCAAGAUGAAUGGGCCGAGAUGCUGAAGGCCAAGCACUUCCAGGCUCUCUUUAUGGGUGCCGAGACAGUGGGCGAGAACGCUUCGAGAGCGGCGUCAGAUCUGCAGGAGCACGUUCACAACAUCACGGCAUCGCUGGAGUUCUUCCCCCAGAUGAAUCCGCACAUCCUGGAGGAGCUGGACCGCAAGGGCCACGGCUGGGAGCUGCGCAAGUUCCUUCUCAUCAUGCAGAAGGCCACAGACCGUGCGCUGCGCAUCGCCUCGGUGCUGCUGGACCUCUCCGAGAAGAGUGCGGAGGUGACCAGCGAAGUGAAGAGCCUCCUGCGGCUGAAAUAUUUGGAGUGGCACCUGAAGAGCUUGCGAAUGGCUGGCCAACAUGAAGUCCUUCUACGCUUCCAGAAGAACCUGCUUGCAGCUCAGAAGGCGGACUACGAGGAUGUCCUGGAUCAAUAUGGCUCACAGUGCGAGCAGAAUGCGGAGCUGGAAGACAAGGUAAAGUCGUUGGAGACGAAACUCGAGGAGUUUACCAAGAAUCCGCAGGACGACACGAAGACUGUGGAGCUGGAGAAGGAGGUGCAGGAGCUGCGCUCUCAGCUGGAGUCUUCCCGCAAACAAGUAGAGAUGCUGGAGCUGGCCAAAACUGAAGCACCAGAGAAUGCGCAGCAAGAAAGCGACGGAUCUUCUGGACAUGCAAUCAAAGGUAAAGGCAAGGGAAAGAAAGGCCCCGGACCCCCGCCGCCACCUACCGAAGCAGCCAGUGAGGCAGUAGCUGAAAAUGAGCCAGAAGGCACAGAAACAGCAACAGAGCAGGCGCCUGCAGAUGGCGAUGCCAGCAACCCUCCAGAGGCUGCCAAGGCAAAAUCGAAGGGCAAGGGAAAGAAAGGCCCGGGACCCCCGCCGCCGCCUACCACAGCAGCCAGUGAGGCAGUAGCUGAAAAUGAGCCAGAAGGCACAGAAACAGCAACAGAGCAGGCGCCUGCAGAUGGCGAUGCCAGCAACCCUCCAGAGGCUGCCAAGGCAAAAUCGAAGGGCAAGGGAAAGAAAGGCCCGGGACCCCCGCCGCCGCCUACCAAAGCAGCCAGCGAGGCAAUAGCUGAAAAUGAGGGACAAGGCGCAGAAGCAACAGAGCAGGCUUCAGCUGGCAAAGGUGGGAAGCCUGCUGCCCCUGCCAAAGGCAAGGCAAAGGGGAAAGGCAAAUCGGCUCUGCCUGACGUUGCUCCUGGCCCUGAGCCACCAAAGGAGCUGGUUGGCAAGAAGUUCCAUUGGACAAACGUGCUGGGCAAUCGCUUUCCCGGUUCAAUGUUUGAGAAGAUUGUUGCGGACCUCAACAAUGCAGCCAAACCAGAAGAAAAGUCUGAAGAGCUUGAUCGCACGGCCAGCACACUCCGAGUGAAGUUGGACAUGAGUGCUCUUACGUCCUUCUUCUUCAAGAAGAAGGAGGAGGAGGCUGGAGCUGUACCAGAAGCCAAGGACACCAAGAAAAAGAGUGUUGCGCAGUGCCUGAAUGCCAAGAGGAGUCAAGCCGUUGAGAUUUUCCUGAAUGGCUGCGGCGUGAACAUCUCACACGUCAAGAGCGCUGUUUUGGACUUGGAUGACAAGGUCAUGAAUGUGGAUAACUUGGGGAAGGUCAUCGACUUCUACCCGCAGGGCGAGGAGCUGCAAGAGCUCGUGGACUUCAAAGCGAACAACGACCCCGCGGUGUUGCCCUGGGGCCGUGCAGAGGAGUUUUUGCUUCAGCUCAUGGAGAUGCCGGACUUCAAGAGCCGCGCGGAGAGCUGCCUCACGCGGAACAUGUUUGAAGCGGAAUUCGGGGAGGUGGCCAAGGACGUGAAUUUGCUGGAUCAGUGCUUGUCCAGUGUGGUCAACUCCAAGUGGCUGCCCAACGUCUUUGCGCUGGUAAUGCAGAUCGGCAACUACUUGAACCAUGGUACCAACAAGGGAUCGCAGCGAGGAUUCACCUUGGACACCUUGCCGUUGCUUACCCGGGUAGAGGGCUUUGAGGACAAGACCUACUCCUUGAUCCGCUUCAUCAUGGACACCUUGGAGGCAGAUCGCAAGGUGAAAGAUGGGGCCCUGGAGGAUCUGAAGCUGUGUGAGGACGCUUCCAAGCUCGACUUCGAUGAAUCUGUUCGGCGGCUCAAUGAGCUCGAAAAGCGGGUCACUACGGUGGAAGCUCUUCUGGAGCAAGGGGAGCCCGGCGAAAAUGACCGCUUUCAUGAAGCUAUGCAGGGCUUCGUCAAGGAUGCGCGGGAGCGCCUGUCCAAGUUGAGGGAGCAGGUGGAGCAGGUUCAGACCCUCAGCAAGCAGUGCUGCGACCUUUUCGCUGAGAAGCCGAAGACACCCUCGCCAGAGACGUUAGGUAAGCUGGCCGCUUUCCGCAAGGACAUGGAGGAUGCAAGGCGGCAGAACUUGAUGGCCAAGGUGAAGAAGGAGAAGGCGGAGAAACGAAAAGCCGAGCAGAAGGAGAAGGCCCAGGCCCGGAAGCAAUCAGUAGCAGAGGCUGCGUCGCCCGCAGCGUCUAAGCCUGCAGCACCUACGCCUGAAGCAACUGAGAAUCUUCCACCGGCUGAAGCGUCUCCACCCAAAGUCCGGACGAUGCAGGUGAAGGUCCCUGAGCCUUGCCUGGUGCACAAGGGCGACAAGCGAAGUGCCGUGCACACCAGCCUCCUGCGUGAGGCCUUGGCUCUAGCUACUACCAUGCGUUCUGCACCCGGAGGUAGGGCUAGCUUGGAGCCAUCACGGCCGGCUGGGCUAGAGCGAAAAACUAUGGGCCACCCAGGUGGCCGGCAAACCUUCGACCCGUCCAUGUCCAGAGGGUCAGACCAAGCUGCAAUUCUCGCAGAGCUUCGGCGUGAACUGCGCAAAGUCAACAUCGCCCAAGUGGAUGAUGCCCCGGCUAGCGCUGAAGUGACUGCUGCGCCUGAACCUCGCCAAAGUCUCGCGGAGGUCGAGCGUGAAGAGCGGCCAGUUUCUGGGAAGUUGUUGGAAGUUGAGCAUGGCGACCUCCCCUUGAGCACCACCAGGCAUACCAUGGUCCUGGAAGGUGAGUGUACGUCGGGGCAUGGCAGUGUGGGCCCGGCAGAUGCAGUGAAUGGCCUGAAAGCAUUGGAUUCUGGGCCAUCAUCUUCCGGCUCGUUGCUGGAGCUUCCCCACCAGGCCAAAGCAGCCGUGGGGCGCAACAGCUUCGGCGGAGAUUUCUUGACGGUCACCAAGUCUGGUCGUCUCAGUGUCGGCCCCCGCACGGCUGCUGCACUCGCUGCGAAAGAAGCCUUGGAGGAGGCGGUGGCACAAGGCGCUCCGCGCGAAAGCCUGGCGGAGCAAUUGCGCCAGGUCAAGGAUCGCAGUGGGAAAAGAGAGCCUGAAAGGCAAAAAGAAAUGGAAGAAACUAACACAAAGGAGGAGGAGCCUAUCUUGCCGCGUGAGAGCUUGGCGGCCAAAGUGCGACAGGCCAGAGAGAAGAAGUAGGAGGAGCUUGGCCAAAGAAGCAAGUAGGUGAUGCCUCCAAGUGUAUAUAGCUUCGUGUCCGACAGUUGGUGCUCUAGCUUGCCAUUUUCCCACGGCUGACUUUUGUUUCUGGUUGUUUGAUUGCUUGGUUC